AGAAAGAGCCAUAUAACCCACCCUUGGAUUCCAGCUCUUUACCUCGCCUUCGUGUUCUGCAUGUGUGCUUGUGUCAACCAAAAGUCGGAUUAGCCUUAGUUAUCAGCCUUGGAGUUCCCGGACGCUGCCUCAUAGAACUGUACUUGGUGCUGUUUCUUCUUCCAAUCAACCCAAGAGACCAUCUACCGUCAUCUUCCUCUGGACCCGUCGGCUCUUCCUGAUAUCCCGGACUACAUUUUGGCCACUUGGACCCGUUGCUAUAAUACAUUAAUACUGGAAACCAUCUCCCUGGACAAAAAAAUGACUGGCCGUCUUGGAUUUGAAGGGCGCCCGGAGCGUCAAAACGAAUAUUUCAUUCCUGGCGAUGGUAUCAGCCGCGAAGUCAUCCAAGCAGACAUAUGCCGUUACCUUGGAAAUGAUGCGCUCGUAAGACCCGGAAACCAUAAUGGUCGUCAGGGUUUUUUCAUUCGUGCCUACCGGAACCUCACCUCUGAGAUGAUUGCUGACCUCAAAGCCGAUUCUGCUCGGUGGGAGGCGGACGUUCUACGCCGGGCUGACCAAGGCUAUCCCAGAGGUAGUUACAAUCAAGACUACAGUUAUUCCCAGGCACCUAACAUGGGUUCAGCGAGCUACCCAGUAUCUGCCGUCCAUGAAGGGCGUCAGCAGGGGGGCCCAUCCCCCCCACCUGCCUACUCGGCACCUCCCCCAGCUCCUCAGCAAUUUGUGGUGGACCCAUAUGGCCAACCUCCGUACGCGGCGACUCAGAGUCCCCCGUACCCCCCUGCGUCAUCUUACCCUGCAAACCACUCACCCUAUGGAACGGCCCCAAACCCGUACCCUCCCCCGCAAAUUCCAUACACUACUUCCAGCCAGCCUGCGGUGACUGCUGAGAUGCACCCAUCGUCAUACACAUAUGGCACUGGCUAUGGCUAUGAAAACGGACGAAACAAUGCCCCUAGGUAUCCCGGGCCAGGCUAUGAACCCGAACCGGACUACUCUCCCGUUACCUCUGGAAUUCCUUAUCCUGCUACCACAGCCCCGGACCCUCGGAUAGGAAUGGAUCCCAGAUACACUCCUGAGUCGACAUACCCACCUGCAGACCGCAAUAGGCCACAACCAGCCAGAGGCGGGGAAGCCCCACGCCGUACUAGGUAAAGAAAGUCAAUGUCCGCUUUCUACCUGCUAGCCUAGGCGUAUACUUCAAUCCACUUUCUGUCCCUAGAAGGCCGCAUCAUCCCUGGAAUUCGCAGGCACUCCACCUUUCUGCUUGUCUCCAGAACCUUUUAUGGACCAUUCUUCCUUUUUUUAGCCUAUGGGAAUAUGAGACC